UAUCUUCAGUGCUAUGCUACCGUGCGGCAACGAGAACUGUGGUAUACUAGCUUAGGGUGGUUGGCUCUGUCCUCAAACACAGUGUUUGUUUCAAACAGUUCCUUCAGAUCUCAAAAUUUGAGGAGUCGAGGUCGUUAGAGUCGAGUCGAAAGAGGAGACAGGUGCCCUUGCACCUGCACAGGGUGGGGGUACCUGGUACUGUACCCUGUUCAAUGACAGCUGGAGCAUCCUUAGGCCCACGCCAACAGAUGGUGGACCUGCAAGACACAAGGUGAUGCAGGUGGGGUUGCGUUCAAAGAUGAAACUCGAAGCCAUAGGCACAUAAGGUGCAGGAGCUCAUCUGUAUGUUUUUAGACUAAAUGGCGGGUCUUAUCUAGAGCUAGAGGUGGCGUGGGGGCAAUGGGAGGGUCUGUUUUGACAUCCUGUGAUGAUACCCAACCCUGACAAUACGACAAAUAUUAUGUAUACCGCACGGUGGUGAGUAGGUACCGCUAUGCCUUACCGGUUGUGCGGGCAAACAACACUGCUCAACAAACGCGUGCAGGCUUCAUUCCUGUGCAUGUGGCCAGUGGCAGGAGCUUACCCGGGUGUUGCAUGUACGAUCCAGACGUCCUUUUGUGACCGCCGCGACCCACCCCCAGCCACCGGUAUCUGCCAGUCAAAGUUUACAGCAACAUCAUUUAUUUAUUAUUGCUUUAUUUAUUUAUUUAUUUAUUAUUGCUGGUACCAAAAAGUUGGUGCGGAAGGGAGGAAGAGCACAUCGAUCUGUUCCAUGCACUUGGAUCUUGUCCAAGACCACUUCCGUAUGACGGGUAACAUUGCCAUUCAAUCACAUCACAUCGCGACUUUCAUUAUCUCGACUGCGUCCACAUCCUCCCGUACCUUUAUCUUCGUUUGGCAUCUGUAAUCCACCAUGGGUGUCCAAGGUGCCAUGUCGCUGAUGGAGGAAGAUCCUCGUCGAUUUGGUCGUCCUUGGAGGUCCAACUGGGGGGACGCAAUGAUCACGGUAGAGGGCAAGGCCACUGACGACGACAAGGCAGAGGAGGAGGGGGAAAAGCCCGUUGUGACACAGGAAGAGCCGUUCAUUCUUCUUGUGGAUGGCAUGUCUCUUUUGUAUCAUGUGGCCGUCAACAAGCAAAAGAACUACAUGGACUCGUCCCCGUCCGUUAUCAAGGCGCAAGUGUACCAAUUUGUAUCCCAGUUGCUGGAAGGUAUCCCCCCUUUUAGUGAACUGCGGAUCUUUAUGGAUGGCUUGGCACCCAAGACAAAGCUUUCCACACAGAUCGAUCGGCUACGGAAGCAAGCGAUUCGUGGAGAUGUCUUGGCCAAAAAGCUGCAGAAAAGCGACGGAAAACAAUCCAAUGCCAAGUUAAUGCACUUGCUGGCGGAGUGGGCCAUGGUUGAAGCCGUGGAAGAUUUGUGCAGUACAGCAUCCGCAAUUACCGCUGAAAAUGGCAAAAUUUUGGGUUUGCAUCGACCCAGUCGAGGCGAAGCAGAACCCUUCAUCGAUGAUUGGAUUGCCAAGAGGAUCAAGCCGGGCACAAAGGUAUACAUCUUGGCAGAUGACACCGAUUUCCUCGUGUAUCCGAAUUGUCCUGGGUUUAUCUCCUUCAAGUCAUUGGAGAUUCAAGAAGAUAAUGGAAUGACGCGAUUGUCGGGAAUGCAGUAUGUGCGAGAAAAAUUUCUCGAGGCGUAUCUGCCUACUGGAGGUGCAGCCAACAAUGAUGUUAUGCCAGUGGUCGCCGCUUUGUCAGGCUGUGAUUAUGUUCUGAGCCAGGAUUCGCAAGAGGGUAUGGUUAGAGCCAGCAAUAAUAUUGUCAAGAGUGACAUUGGAGGGCUGAGGCAAAAGGCACGCAACAAUCCAUCCAGGGCUCAACGAUUGACCGCCAUUCUACGAUUUGUGGCGUAUCACCUGGAACGCGACAAGGAAAACUGGGUAGAAGCCCUUUGCAAAGCGGCAACGUCGCAAUCUGAUAGCAAGCGUGUUGGAGAUACGAGCAUGGACCAAGAUGAAGACAACCCCAGUUCUGUUGCAGCGGCGAAUCUUAUGGAUGCUUUCCUGUCAGUUCGGAAAACCUACUUUCGUUCAUUGACAAUGCCCCAAAAUCCUGCCUUUGAAAAGAAGCCAUCCUCCAUGGAAAUUCGACGUCUCUUAGAAUAUGGCAUCUUGUACUGUCGCCCCAUCAUUGAAACCUGGGAACCAGGAUCCAAGAAAAGUACUAAGAAACGCAGUCACGAAGAUGCACUCAGGCUUCACUCAGAAACACAGCAUGAUGCCUUGAUCAUAUCUCCCCCCUUUACACGACAAAUCGGGUCCUGGAUUCGACAGGGGUCUAUAUGGCGCAUGCCUAUCUUCGUACAGGCACGGGGCCGGCUUUACUGCUUGCUAGUUCAGUUCGCUAGGAAAGGAGGGGCAUAUUCCUUCGAAGGAGGACAGUUGCGACUGAGUCCCAUGUGGACCAGCGAGCAUCCCAAAGUGACAGAGUAUGUUCGAACCUUGGGUGGAAAGGAUGGCAAUGGUGAAAGCACGUUGAAAAUGCAUGAAACGGAGAUGGAUAUUCAAAGCUACGAAUACAUAUCCGCUGGCUGGGGAGAUGAAACAGAACUUUUGUCAGGGAAUGAUGCAGUGGACAGGGCUUGUCUGUUCUGCAUUUUGGGAAAUGUGAAACAAGCAAAACCUGCUCUGAAUCCCCGUCUUCGGGGUGCAGGCAUGGUACUCUUGACAACCCUGUUUCUACCUUACAAUCUAUCGAUGCUCUGUAUUUUGUUGGGCACAAGCCCCGAGUUCGAAGGGGUUGACUUGGAGGGGUCUGUGGAGGAUGGGGCACGAACAGAAAUGAACCGAGUGUUUCCCUUCAUCUCAGUGGCUUGCCACCACGCAAUUUUCAUAUCCAGCACCAUUUUGAGUUUGUUUGGUACUCACAGCGACGAGCAAAAGCUGUCCAACUUGACGGCUCCGGCUGACCGACAAGGAAGACCUACUGUGGGAUUACGUGUCAGUGAUCUGCUUCGUUACAAGGAUGCGAUUUGGAUCUGGAAUGAAAUUCGGAAGGGGCCAGAUUUGGAAGAGCUACAAUCCUCCGAAAGCGAUGAUGCGCACGAAAUGAAGUUCUCGAUGAAAUUUUUGGAUGAGACCAUUGACAGUUUGGCUAACCAGCUUCCAGAGACCCGGGAAUGGGCAGAGAAGGUCAAGAAUUGGAAGUCGCGGGCUAGAAUGCUGUGGGUGAUCUGGUGGGAUGUGUUCAAUGUGGCUCUGCAUGCUACUGAUUCGUUUGAAGAUACGAAAGUAAAGGAUAUGAAUGAGUGGGACAAGUACAUUUUGCUGCUCUCGAGAAGUUGAGGUCUUUGCUGUGCCUUUUGACAGUGCAGGUGGAAACAACUACUCUAGUCCAAACUCAUUUAUUUAUCUACAGUGUGAUACUUUUAGC